CAGAAGGGAUGAAGAAAAUUCCUUCAUCCAAGAGGGAAACGGCUGCUGCCUUUCUCAAGAAGGGAGAACACACGGAUGUAAAAAGACAAACAUGUCAAGCAGUUCCUGGAUCUCUUGAUUCCAGCAGAAAGCUGACUCUGCCUCACUGCAGUCACACCUCAUUAAACAUUGAUACAACUGUGGGUCGGAGGAAGGAGGACCGGGCCGUCGGAUCAAUGAACGAAUCGGUUUCAGCGAGGGUCUGGUGAUGAAACACAAAACCAAGGGUGUGAGACAGAGAGACAAAUACAUGGAGGGAGGUCGCCAAAGAGUUUGGCUUUAACUCCAAUGGUUUCUCUAUUUAUGUGAACCGCAACAAAACUGGAGAGAUUUUAUCUCAGAACAAAAGUCUGAGUUUUCUCAAAAUUAAACAUGGCGACAUGCUGUUCCUGUUCCCCUCAGCAGCGUCUUCCUCCUCGGGGGAGGUGAUGGAUACGGCCCUGCCCCACACGUCCUCCUCUCUGCCAUUCUUCUCCUCCUCCUCAACCUCCUCCACAGCCAUCCCUCGCUCCUCUUCUGCUCCUCAGAUCCAGGAGGACGAGAUCGAUCAGUAUCUGACCAAGCAGGACGGAAAGAUCUACAGGAACAGAGACCCACAGCUAUGUCGUCACGCGGCCCUGGGAAAGUGUGUGCACUGUGUUCCGUUAGAGCCUUUUGAUGAAGACUACCUGAAUCACCUCGACCCGCCGGUCAAGCACAUGUCAUUCCACGCAUACCUCCGCAAACUGACGGGUGGAGCAGAUAAAGGGAAAUUUGCUGCUCUGGAGAACAUCAGCUGUAAGGUCAAGUCAGGCUGUGAAGGUCACCCCCCCUGGCCCGACGGCAUCUGCACCAAGUGUCAGCCCAGUGCCAUUACACUCAACAGACAGAAAUACAGACACGUGGACAACAUCAUGUUUGAGAACCACACCAUUGCUAACCGCUUCCUGGACUUCUGGAGAAAGACGGGCAGCCAGAGGAUGGGCUUCCUGUACGGCAGGUACACUGAGCACAAGGACAUCCCUCUGGGUAUCAGAGCUGAGGUGGCCGCCAUCUACGAACCCCCCCAGAAUGCCACUCAGAACAGCCUGGAGCUGCUGGAAGAUCCCAGAGCCGCGGCCGUGGACGAGAUCGCUGCCAAACUGGGGCUGUGUAAGGUGGGCUGGAUCUUCACAGACCUUAUCUCUGAGGACACAAGAAUAGGAACUGUCCGCUACACCAGAAACCAGGACUCUCACUAUCUGAGUGCAGAGGAGUGCAUCACGGCUGGAUUCUUCCAGAACAAGCACUCGAACCCCUGCAGGCUGUCACGUGAUGGAUACUUUGGUUCCAAGUUUGUGACAGUGGUGGCUACAGGAGGUCCAGACAACCAGGUCCACUUUGAAGGGUACCAGGUGUCCAACCAGUGCAUGGCUCUGGUCAGAGACGAGUGUCUGCUGCCCUGCAAAGAUGUCCCAGAGCUAGGCUACGCUAAAGAGUCCAGCCCAGAACAGUACGUCCCAGACGUCUUCUUCAAGGACAAAGACAAAUUUGGGAACGACGUGACGUUCCUGGCGCGGCCUCUUCCUGUGGAGUACCUGAUCAUAGACAUCACCACCACCUUCCCCAAGGACCCUCAGUUCACCUUCUGCUCCACUCAGAAUUUCCCCAUCGAGAACAGAGACCUCCUGGGGGAGACGCAGGACUUCCACACUUUGGCCUCCCACCUGUCCCAGUGCUCCUCGUCCUCCUCCACCUUCCUGGACGUGGUGUCGGACUUCCACCUACUCCUCUUCCUGGUCACUAACGAAGUCAUGCCCCUGAGGGACAGCAUCGAGCUGCUGCUGGAGGCUGUGAAGACUUCUAACGAGGACCUGGCCCAGACCUGGAAAAGGUCUGAGCAGUGGGCCACCAUCGAGCAGCUCUGCAGUACUGUGGGCGGGCAGCCGCCCAGCUCUCUGGGGUACGGCGCGGCGGGUGGAGCCUCAGCACCGUCUUCCUCCUCGUCCAUGUGGUCGUGUCUCCACUGCACCUUCAUGAACCAGCCUGGCACGGAGCACUGCGAGAUGUGCAGCCUGCCACGCAAUUAACACCAAAGCUGCCCCCUCUGCCGAUGACAUCACAGUAACAGGACCACACCCCUGCCUCCCUCUCCCUGCCCCCACAGAGCAGACAUCACAGUCUGCCCAUUCGGACUUUCAGACACAGUCACGUCAAACCCGUCGGGACGUCCUCAGUCCUCACAGCAUCAGAGGUGGGGCUUGGUUUAAAAAGCACUUUCCCAUAAUUAUAACCCCGCCCCCUCCAAACACAGCUCCUCCCACUCCAACUAAAAACCUGCUGUGACUCAGGAAACAGCGAAGACUGCAGUGUUUGGGCGUUCUCCGUCUUCAGCAGCUCCCAUCAGAAGCCUGUCUUCAUUGGACUGGACCUUUGUCUCCAUCAGGUUUUAGUCACGACCUUCAGUGGACAAUCACUGGUCCGACCACAGACCAGACCUACUCCACCUUCAUUUCCUGAUGUGGUUCCUGAUGGACUCUGGUUUGUUGGACUUUAGUUGAAAUUUUGGUGGAUUUGAAUUUGGACUUGUUGUGAUCUGUAGCUGAUUAAGGAAAAACGCCACGGACACAGAAUCAACGUGGUCGAAGCUACGAUCGUAUUCACCUUUAGGUGUUGCUGGAACCAACCAGUGUUCUCAGAGUUUGUUCUGUUUGAAUUCAUUAGCUCCUCCUCGUCCACACACUAGUGUCUCUGGUUGGUGUUUGAGGUGGAGAUAUUUAUGAGAUGUGUGAUUUUUUAUUUUAUUUUUUUCCCUGAAGAGUUUCACAGUAAUUCCAUAUGGAGUGAUAAAUAAUUUUCAAUUAAAUUUACAGAAAAUUGACAAUAUAUCUGGUAAAUGGAUCCAUUUUUUACCACCCCAUUGGAUUCUUUUUGGCUCCUCCCCCUCCAUGUAGAUCAUGUGAGAGCGACUUCUUCUGAUGUCACACUAACGACUGAACAGCGACAUCAUCUGUUUCCCUUCUGUUUCUGCUGCGUUCGCUGGUGGAGUCGUUGCAGGUCGUAGCAUCACAGCCAGUUCAUGUCAUUUGCUGUUUGCCUGGAUUUAAUAAAUGUGAUAAAAAUUUAAAAUGAAAUAAUAAUAAACUAAAACUCUUCCUACA